AUGGCCAACCAGUUAUUCCUCCCUGUCACCCCGCGCCUCUCGUCCUUGACGCCUGUGAAGCCGCACUUCGGACACCUCCAAGCGGGCAUCAGCGUGGCGAUCCAGCGCACCGACGGGAGAAUCCAUCUCGCAGUGGUCACAGAGGUCAAACGGGACAACGCUUGGGUAACGGUAGAGUGGGCCGAAAAAGGAGUCAAAAAAGGCAAAAAAGUUGCUCUAGAGACCAUAUUCCUGUUGAAUCCAGCUCUGGCCUUGGCUGGGCCCGCGCAGGGCAGGGCUUCGCGCUCUGUGUCUCUGGCGCCCCCUUCUUUUAUCGGGGACCAGCGCACAGCCGCGCGGUGGGCUGGGAAGAUCCCCCAGAGAAACGAAACGCCCGCGGGGGACAGCCUGGCCGUGAGAGUUCCCAGCAGCCCUUGCCUGAUGACGCAGCGGAAAUCUGCCUGCCUACGAGAAAUUGAAAAACUGCAGAAGCAGCGCGAGAGGCGCCGACGGCUGCAGCGCGAGAUUCGCGCCCAGCGCGCUCGGGACGCCGACACCGGAAACGCCCACUACGAGAUCCGGCGCCUGAUCGAGGAGUGCCGCCGGCGCCUGCGCGGGGGCCGGAUUUUCGGCCCCGAGCCGCGGGACGGCCGCCGCAUCUGCGUCUGUGUGAGGAAGCGGCCUCUCAACCGGCAGGAGGCCACGCGGGAGGACCUAGAUAUUGUCACCAUCCCCUCGGACAACGUGGUCAUGGUGCACGAGUCCAAGCAGAAGGUGGACCUCACUCGCUACCUAGAGAACCAGACCUUUUGCUUCGACCACGCCUUCGACGACACCGCCUCCAACGAGUUGGUGUAUCAGUUUACUGCUCAGCCGUUGGUUGAGUCCAUCUUCCGCCAUGGCAUGGCCACGUGCUUUGCCUAUGGACAGACAGGCAGCGGGAAAACGCACACUAUGGGCGGAGGCUUUUCGGGAAGGGACCAAGAUUGUUCUAAAGGCAUUUAUGCCAUGGUGGUGCAGGAUGUUUUCCUCUUACUGAAAACUUCCGCUUAUGAAAAGCUGGACCUCAAAGUCUAUGGGACGUUUUUUGAGAUUUAUGGGGGAAAGGUGUAUGACUUGUUGAACUGGAAGAAGAAGCUGCAAGUCCUUGAGGAUGGCAAUCAACAGAUCCAGGUAGUCGGGCUGCAGGAGCAGGAGGUGUGCUGUGUGGAGGACAUGCUGAACCUCGUGGAACUAGGGAACAGUUGCCGGACUUCAGGACAGACAUCAGUCAAUGCCCACUCUUCCAGGAGCCACGCAGUGUUCCAGAUCAUUUUAAAGUCUCGAGGGAAACUGCAUGGCAAGUUUUCCCUUGUUGACUUAGCUGGGAAUGAGAGAGGAGCAGAUACUGCCAAGGCCAACCGGAAAAGACAGCUGGAAGGAGCAGAGAUUAAUAAGAGUCUCCUGGCACUCAAAGAAUGCAUCCGAGCUUUGGGUCAGAACAAGUCUCAUACCCCAUUCAGAGCCAGCAAGCUCACACAGGUGCUCCGGGACUCCUUUAUAGGCCAAAACUCCUCCACUUGCAUGAUUGCUACCAUCUCUCCAGGGAUGGCCUCUUGUGAAAAUACCCUCAACACUUUAAGAUAUGCAAAUAGAGUAAAAGAAAUAACUCUAAAUUUAAGGCCUCGCCAUCGUUGUCUUUAUCCUGCUGAAAGUGAAAUGCCAAGAGUGUUGGAAAAUCACAUUAGAAAUUCAGAAAUGUCCCUUCAGGGGGAUGAAUUUAUUAGAAUACCUUGCCUACAGAGUGAGGAGAAGGAAGAGACUGAAGAAAUCAAAGCGCUAUCCUCUCCAUUAAUGGAUACGACAGUUUCCUGGAAGGAAGCAAGCCAAUUGCCAGAUGAUAAAAUCCAGGAGACAUCUGAUGGGGUAAACUGUGAUGUUGACUUUUGCAUUGCGCAGUUAUUGUCCAUUUUGGAGAAGAAAAUAGAUAUUCUGACUGAGAUUCAAAGGAAACUGAAAUUAUUACAAGCUGACCUUCGAAAGGAGAGCAGGCAUGGUGAAGUCAAUGGUGAGAGAUCAGAUCUGAAAUGA